GCACUGCUAAUAUCACCAAACUUCUGGUUUCUGAAGUUACUUCCCAGAAGGCAGCUGUAGCUACCAGGCAAUCAGGCGAUGCACUGCCUGCUGGGCUCUGGUUCUUUUGCAAAAAGUUUAUUUUGGACUAUGGGUGUGGAUGUUUAAUCAAAUUAUCUUGCUUGCCCAGAGCACUAAACAUGUUAGCAGUUAAAAUCCUGUUUUAUAUCCUGGGUUAGAGUAAGCGUUGCUCUCCCGUUGCCAAGAGGCACAGUGCCAAGUGUUACUAAAGAAUCACGGUGACAACAUUUUUACUUAUUCCUGGAAUAUGUCUGUAGGCCACUGACCUAAAAAUAUGCUGCAAAGGGAUUAUUGGGGUUAGAUCUGCAAAAACACUCUGGGAUCUUCAAAGUUCAGGUGCUGGUAUAUUGAAAUCUGCAGAGAUUUGGAUUUCGUUGUCAUUGGGAGCCUGGGGAGAAGUGACGUUUUCCUCUUCCAGCAUUGUCUGCCCCCUCCAGUUAUGUCAAAAAUUCUUGAGUUAAAACUUUUCCUUCUGAUUUGGUGCCCCGUUGUGACAGUGAUGCAUUGAUAAUGCUAUUUUGAUUUUAACGUGGGCGGUUUUUGUCUUCUGUUCUGCUGUUCAGUUUUCACGUAUGGAAAAACUCUUUUCUGCGGUACUUUCUUCAGAAACACUUUGCACUCCGGGAGUCUCUUUAUUAGUUAACUCCGCUUCUCAUUUGCUAAGCUAACUUGUAAUUUGUCACUGUAGUUCCUUAUGGUGGAUAAUAUUGAGACGUGAGAUGAGCAAGCCAAAGGAUGUCUUCUGUACACAGGAGAUAAUGAAGCAGCUGACAGAUACAUUUUACUUUGAACAGGAGAAUUUUGACUCUGACAUCAGCAGCGUGGGGAUUGAUGGGUGCUGGCAGGCUGACAGCCAGCGGAUCCUCAACGAGGUGAUGGUGGAGCACUUCUUCCGGCAGGGCAUGUUGGACGUGGCCGAGGAGCUGUGUCAGGAAUCUGGUCUAUCAAUAGAUCAGAGUCAGAAAGAACCAUUCGUGGAAUUAAAUCGAAUAUUGGAAGCAUUAAAAGUUAGAGUUCUGAGACCUGCAUUAGAGUGGGCGGUAUCCAACAGAGAAAUGCUUAUGGCACAGAAUAGUUCACUGGAGUUCAAACUACACAGAUUAUAUUUCAUUAGUUUAUUGAUGGGUGGAACAGCAAAUCAAAGAGAAGCACUUCAGUACGCGAAAAACUUCCAGCCGUUUGCCCUGAACCAUCAGAAAGAUAUUCAGGUUUUGAUGGGCAGCCUGGUGUAUCUGAGGCAAGGCAUAGAGAACUCGCCGUACGUUCAUCUAUUAGAUGCAAAUCAGUGGGCGGACAUCUGUGACAUCUUCACAAGAGAUGCCUGUGCUCUUCUGGGUCUCUCAGUCGAAUCACCACUCAGUGUUAGUUUUUCAGCAGGUUGUGUAGCAUUACCAGCUCUAAUUAAUAUCAAGGCAGUUAUUGAACAAAGGCAGUGCACAGGUGUUUGGAACCAGAAGGAUGAACUACCGAUUGAGGUGGACCUUGGCAAAAAGUGCUGGUACCAUUCAAUAUUUGCUUGUCCCAUUCUCCGUCAGCAAACAACAGAUAAUAAUCCACCUAUGAAAUUAGUCUGUGGUCAUAUUAUAUCAAGAGAUGCUUUGAAUAAAAUGUUUAAUGGCAGCAAAUUAAAAUGCCCCUAUUGUCCGAUGGAACAGAGCCCUGGAGAUGCCAAACAGAUAUUUUUCUGAAGAAAAGCUCCAUUAUGCGGUUUGUAAGUGACACUCUGCAAUUCAGGUGCAUUUUGGGAGAAUUAAAACACACCUGUUCCAUUUUAUGCAGCAGACUGAGGACUCCUAUGUUUGUAUAAGCUAAUGCUACAGAAACUUUGCCAACAUUUAGUAUAUACAUACCAAGUGGAAAUGCUACAGAAAUAUUAUUACCAUAGGGCUUUACUAUACUCUUGGUCUCCAUAUCUGAUCAAGUUACUACACCAGCAGUUGUCAUUCAAUGCAGGUUUUUGUACUCAAUUAUAUGGUGACUUUUUACUUUUUAAAAGCAGAAAUGGAUCACCCCCAUUUGUUUAAUAUUCCUCCUGCUAUCAUCUAUCAGUAACUGUCACCUUAGAGAAUGUUUGUGGAAGAAGUUUUAUUUCCUGUAAUGUGUACAUAAUUAAAAGUAAAUACUUCAGAAAAAAAAAAAGUUUGAUAAAUUGAAUAGUGGUUAUAAAACUAAUUUGUAUUUUUUUUGCUGAAAGAGCUGUGAUAUAUUCUGAGUUUUUCUUUCAAACAUUUUUUCAACUUUUACAUAGAAUUCAAAGUAAAUGUGCAUAUAUAUAAAAUAUAUAAAUAUAUAGCCCUAAGGGGCUACCUGUUAAAAUCCAUCACUAAUUUAUAAGGGUGAUGUGUGGAUAGAUUACUGCUGGAACAGAGGGAAUAGGAAAUCCUGUUCCUUAGGUUUCAAAUGCUUGUGUAAAAGAAUACUCAAUAAAAGGAAAUUCUGAAGUGGAAAUGCUUUUAGUCGAUGACGUUUGCUCUCUGGCCUUCGUAGUCAUGUUCUUUGGACUUUGUAUUCAGGGUUAGGCUAUAAGUGUCAUGUUGCUGUAUAGGUUAAUAGUCAUUAUAGUGUGCUAUUUAUAAACAGUUAUCAAAACCAAAUAAAUUGUAUAAUUAUUCAUUGUUAAAUGGGGGAAAAGCAUGUUCUGAUGCAGUCUUCUGGUCACGACGCUGCACUUGGCAGAAUUGGGCCCUACGUCACGUAUUAGGAGGUAGCAAGUUUUCUGUAGCUUGAGAACACUUUGCUUCUAGCCUUGUUUUUGUAGUAGACUAUUACUGCCAUUGCCACUUUUUCUGCUAAAUUUGUCAUAUUGUUAACUAGGUAAAUUUGUACUCAUGAACAAGGUGUAGAUCAUGGCAGUUCAAUCUUUUUCUAGCGUGCAGAUAUUUGUAUUUAUUGCACUGUCCUAUAGUAGGGCGAGCAGCCAUAAGGCAUGCGAAGCUACGUGUGAAAUUCUAUUCCUGUAUUGUGGAGUAAAACACCCAAGCUGACACGGUUGAAUUCUGACACACUGGUUGAAUGCACUAGCACCAUGCACUGCAGAGAAGACCGUCUGUGAGACAUCUCCACCUUUUGAACGUGUGUCACCUGGCUUGAGAGACUGAGUUGGACUCUGUCGGAUCAGUGACAAUGGAUGUCCUGAAAGAGACACGAAGAGCAACAAGUCAAGGCACACAAAUUUUGAGCCUGAAAUGCGUUUGGUUCGUGUGAACGAUGCAGGUGUGUGACUUUCUGCAAAACUUCUGUUGUAUUCACACUGAGUUCCAACCAACCAGGUUACCGAGUGGUAAAACUAACAAUAAACAGGUGAGGAUAUUAUUUUCCAUGUA